CAGCCCUUCCUGGGGCAAAGUCCCGGGGACGAGGCCAGGGACAAGGUGCACCCAGAGAGUCGCUCUGCUCGGGAGCCCAGUGGGGAGCGUCCCGGCCGAUGUAGGGGGGAGAGCGACUGGGCUCAGCAUGGCUGUGCCUGGCCCCCUCCCCCUCCUCCUGCUGGGGGUCUUCGCCAUCCCAGGGGGCUGUUCCCACCCAGGCCCGCACUCGCUGCGCUAUUUCUACACGGCAGUGUCGGAGCCCGGCCUGGGGCUGCCCCAGUUCACCGUGGUCGGGUACCUGGACGACCAGCUCUUCUUCCAUUUCGACAGCGAGGGGAAGGUGGCCCAACCCCGCGCCCCCUGGAUCCAGGCCGAGGGGCCCGAGUACUGGGACCGGCAGACCUGGAUCGCCAAGGGCUGGCAGGAGGCCUUCAACGGCAACGUCCGCAUCGCCAUGGAGCGCUACAACCAGAGCAGGGGCCAGCACACCUUCCAGUACAUGUACGGCUGCCAGCGGCGGGCGGACGGCGGCACGGGGGGCUUCCGGCAGUAUGGCUACGACGGGCGGGAUUUCCUCUCCUACGACACCCGCACCCACACCUGGGUGGCGCCCAGCAAGGAGGCCGAGGUCACCAAGGGGAAGAUGGAGGCCGACCGGCACCUGAGCCAGCAGCAGCGGGACUAUCUGGAGCGGAAAUGCGUCGAGUGGCUGCAGAAAUACCUGGACUACGGGAAGGAGACGCUGCAGAGGAGAGAGCGCCCGGCCGUGCGGGUCACCGGCAGAGACGCCCCCGGCGGCCCCACCACCCUCUGCUGCCGGGCCCACGGCUUCUACCCCCGGGACAUCGCCCUGAGCUGGCUGCGACACGGGGAGAGCAGCGAGCAGGAGACGUGGCGAGGGGGGGUCCUGCCCAACGGGGACGGGACCUACCACGCCUGGGCCACGGUGGAGAUCGACCCCCGGGAGAGAGGCCUGUACCGCUGCCGUGUGGAGCACGAGAGCCUGGCCGAGCCGCUCAUCGCCGUGUGGGAGCCCCCGUCCCGCUCGGCCCUGCUCCCUGCGCUGAUUGGGGCCGUCGCUGUCGCUGUCGCUGUCGCUGCCCUGCUCGCUGGGGCAGCCGGGUUUGUUCUCUGGAGGAGGCGGCGCUCAGGGAAAACCGGAGCCGGAUACACCCCAGCUCAGGAGGGCAACCGGGACUCCAGCUCCUCUCCGGAAGCCAGCCACAAAGGAUCCAGCAGGGGCAGCGACUCCGGGUGUGACACCGGCUCGCUAGGGUCGGCAGCCACAAGUGUGGGAGUGACCAGUCUCCAUCCAGAAGCUCAGCAGCUCCUCGCAGUGGGUGUUCCUGCCCCGCCCGACGACGGGGACACCCCAGCGGGCAUCGUCUAGGCUGGAGUCGUUCCUGGGGUCUCCCCCCCCCUCAGCCGCUGACUGCCCGUGUGACCUGGACUGAAUCCCUCACCCUUUCCCUCUGCCUCAGCGCCCAGGCCCCGGGUGCGACGCUCGGCUGCCUCGCGGGGCCGUGGUGGGUUUGUGGAUAAAUCUCUGCAUUAAGCAUCUUCACGUAACUUUCCUAUGCCUUUGUAUUA